UCCCCGCGCGAUCAAACACACCCCACUCUCCCCUUCUGUCAAAUAAUAAUUAAUUGAUUUAUAUACAACAAACAUUACUCAAGUUUAAAGUGAGAGGAAAUUGCCUAUUCAAAUUUUUGCCGCGCAAACUUUACUUCAAUGUUUUUUUAUUUCGCGCUUCUUAUAUCGAGACAAGGAUGAAGUUUGUUGACGUUAGUAUUUAGCACUGGCCUAUUUUUUUUAAUAAUGGGUCAAGGAGUCAGCGGUGUUAGGACAACCAUAUGGCUCUAUCUUCUACAUGGAUUUGUAUUCCUUACUGCUGAUUCCGGCACAGAAACACCAUCAGACUCAUCUACUAUGGACAUUUCUUCGAGAAGAUUCCGCGCUGAGUUCCUACAGGAAUGGCACGAGGCCGCGGACGCCCCAUACUUCGACCCUAACACGCCUCGCAACAUUACAGGCUUGGUUGGCCACCCAGUACGCUUGUUGUGCAGAGUUAAGAAUCUACAAAACAGGACUGUAUCAUGGGUACGUCACCGCGAUAUCCAUUUACUAACAGUAGGAAGGUACACGUAUACAUCUGACCAGAGGUUCGAAGCACAACACAAACCGCGCUCUGAAGAAUGGGCGCUGCGAAUCCGAAGUCCUCAGCGACGUGACUCGGGACAAUACGAAUGCCAGAUUUCAACCACUCCUCCUAUUGGACAUGCUGUAUUCCUCAAUAUUGUAGAACCUGAAACAGUCGUAUCGAGUGGCGCAGAACUGUUCAUACAAGCUGGCUCAACUAUCAACCUCACUUGCAUAGUGAAACACACGCCGGAACCCCCCUCAUCUAUUACGUGGACACACGGCGAGCAGGUGAUCAAUUUCGACUCAGCAAGAGGUGGUAUUUCAUUGGUGACUGAGAAAGGACUACGUAGCACAAGUCGGCUGCUCGUCCAGCAAGCCAGGGGCGCUGACGCCGGCGUGUAUACUUGCGGCCCUAACAACGCUCCGCCAGCAUCUACCAGAGUCCAUGUUCUCUCCGGUGAACACCCGGCAGCGAUGCAGCAGAGCUCAGCAAAAUGUUCCGUGGAUAAAACUAUUCUAAUAUUCUAUACGUCGACGCUAUAUAUUAUAGGUCCAUUCAACGUUUUGCGAUUUGGCACUUGAGUUACUAUCUAAAUCUCUAUAGACUUGGCAUUUGUCCACGUUGAGUGUUUUGUUGGAAUGUCGAUCGAUCAUUUCUCUAUAAGUAAUGUUGCCAUUUACGAUACAGUUAAGAAAAUUUAUGAUCGUAAUUUAAUGUGUAUUUGUAAAAUAUACGACUCAUUGUGUA